AUGGCUGCACAACUUCGCGAAUUGGCUCAGAACCCGCCCCAAGAUGCCAACGAAAGACGCGAGCUUCACGAAGCAGCAAGGCUGUUAUAUAUGUCUCUCGAGACACCAUUCGAUGCAAUGCAUCGGCUGUUCUGGAGCAUAUAUCAGCUUCCGGCAACUCAGAUAGGCGUGGAUAUGGGAUUGUUCAGAACUUUAGCAGAAGAUGCAAGGGUAGAGUGGACGCUCGCCGAUCUUUCCACUCGUCUCAAGGUGGACCGAACCCUGCUCUACCGAGUCCUCAGAUACCUCGCAUCCUUUGGCCUAGUCAGCGAGUCAACGGAUGGCACUUAUCAUGCCAACAGUACGACGCAAUGGCUCUCCACGCCAGGAGCGGAGGGAGGCACAAAACAUUACCUAAAAACGAUAUCUCCAGUCGCCCACGCAUUGCCAGAGACACUCAGACAGCAGGGCUAUCAGAAUCCAACUAACCACCUCGAUACCGCAUUCCAAAAAGCUCACAAUACGGAAGUAUCGGCUUAUAGUUGGACACCUUCCGAUCCAACUGUGAUCCCGGCCUUCCUAGAGUUCAUGAAGUCUCAGAGAGCGAGCCAACGAAGUUGGACGGAGAAGUUUCCACUCGAAACGUUGCGGCUUUCGCAAAGCGAUUUGGAAGCCAAUCGCGUUGUUUUCGUCGACGUUGGCGGUGCUUCUGGAUAUCAGUGCGUCUCUCUAAGGCAAAGCCAUCCUGAGCUAUCCGGGCGAAUCGUCGUUCAAGAUCAAGAACCGGUCAUCGCUCGAGCGAACGAAGCUGAGCUUAAGAAGCAUCAAAUCGAAAGCAUGGCCCAUAACUUCUUCCAGCCCCAACCCAUCAAACUGGCAAAGGCCUACUAUCUGCGGAACAUCAUGCACGAUUGGCCAGAUGCCAAAUGUGUCGAGAUCCUGAGACAACUGCGAGACGCCAUGGCCGAGGACUCUGUCAUACUCAUUGACGAAAACGUCCUGCCAGAUGUCGGAGCGUCCUGGAAGCAGGCACAAAAGGACAUGCAAAUGAUAUCUGUCCUCGCAGCCGUCGAGCGCAGCGUCUCAGAGUGGCACCACCUCCUGAAAUCUGCAGGACUCAAAGUGAAGAAGAUCCACACCUACGACGAAGACAUCGGAGACAGCGUCAUCGAGGCGGCGCUGGCAUGA